UUAGACUCUGAUUCAAAUUCAUUAGACUCUGGCUUAGAUUCAUUAGACUCUGAUUCAGAUUCAUCUUCUGAUUCAGAUUCAUUGGACUCUCCUUUAGAUUCAUUACCCUCUGAUUCAAAUUCAACAGAUUCCGCUGUAGAUUCAUUAGACUCUCCUUUAGAUUCAUUACCCUCUGAUUCAAAUUCAACAGAUUCCGUGGAAGAUUCAUUAGACUCUCCUUUAGAUUCAUUAGCCUCUGAUUCAGGCUCACUUGACUCUGAUUCACAUUCCCUAGUUUCCGAUAAAGAUUCAUUAGAGUCUGCUUUAGAUUCGUUUGCCUCGGAUGCAGGUUCAUUAGACUCUGGUUCAUAUUCAUUACCCUCUGAUUCAAAUUCAGCAGACUCCGCUGUAAAUUCAUUAGCCUCUGAUUCAGAUUCAUUAGACUCUCCUUUAGAUUCAUUACCCUCUGUUUCAAAUUCAACAGAUUCCGCUGUAGAUUCAUUAGCCUCUGAUUCAGAUUCAUUACACUCUCCUUUAGAUUCAUUAGCCUCUGAUUCAGACUCACUAGACUCUGAUUCACAUUCCCUAGUUCCCGAUUCAGAUUCAUUAGAGUCUGCUUUAGAUUCAUUAGCCUCGGAUUCAGGUUCAUUAGACUCUGGUUCAUAUUCAUUACCCUCUGAUUCAAAUUCAACAGACUCCGCUGUAAAUUCAUUAGCCUCUGAUUCAGAUUCAUUAGACUUUCCUUUAGAUUCAUUACCCUCUGAUUCAAAUUCAACAGAUUCCGCUGUAGAUUUAUUAGCCUCUGAUUCAGACUCAGUAGGCUCUCCAGUAGUAUCAUUAUUCUCUGAUUCAGACUCACUAGACUCUGAUUCACAUUCUCUAGUUUCCGAUUCAGGUUCAUUAGACUCUAACUCAGAAUCAUUAGAUUCUGAUUCAGAUUCAUCUACAAUAUUAUUAGACUCUGAUUCAGAUUCAUCUGACAAUAAUUCUGCAACAGCAAAAAACAAGGAUCGAAUACUUGUUUCUAACUCAACACCGUCAUCUUUCUCUUCUGCUUCAUCAAACUCUUAUGCUGCCGCUGCUGCAGCCGCUGCCGACACUCCAGUCAAUAUCGAACGGAAUGCUAAGGUUUGCACACCAACAAAAAACAAUACUAACAAUACAAUUUCUACAAACAAUAAUUUCACAAUGCAAAGUACCACUAAUUCUGACUUUUCUAAUGUAAUCAACACAAAUAUCGAUUUAGCUUCCACAUCUACCAACAACAAUUCAGUCUCCACAAACAACUUCACAAAACAAUGUGCUAAUACGGAAUUGGUUAAUGUAAUCAACACAAAUAUCGAUUUAACUUCCAAUUCUACCAACAACAAUGCAACUCUCCCCAUCUCUCAAAACUUUAACUCCCAUCCAUCUUCUCUAUUCUCUCCUUAUAAUCAUACAACUACUAAUGAAACAAACACAGAAAAUCAAGAAUGA